AUGAGCGGGCAAGUAGGUGACCUGAGCCCCUCGCAGGAGAGGGCGCUGGCCCAGUUCCGGGAGAACAUGCAGGAUGUCCUGGCCGUCCUGCCCAGCACCGAUGACUACUUCCUCCUCCGCUGGCUCCGAGCUCGGAGCUUUGACCUGAAGAAAUCAGAGGACAUGCUGCGGAAGCACGUGAAGUUCCGGAAGCAACAAGAUCUGGACAACAUCCUCGCGUGGCAGCCCUCAGAGGUGGUCAGGCUGUAUGAGCCCAGUGGCUUCUGCGGCCACGACAGGGAGGGCAGCCCCGUCUGGUACCGCAUCAUCAGAGGCCUGGAUCUCAAGGGCCUCCUACUCUCCGUCUCCAAACAAGAGAUACUCAGAUUCAACUUCCGGAACCUGGAGCUGCUCCUGCGAGACUGUGAGCAGCAGAGCCAGGAGUUGGGGAAGAAAGUGGAGAAAAUCUCGACUGUUUUUGAUUUCGAGGGGCUGAGCCUGAGGCAUCUGUGGAAGCCAGGAGUGGAGCUUAUCCAGGAGUUUCUCUCGGCACUUGAGGCAAACUACCCUGAGAUUCUGAAGAAUUUAAUUGUUGUGAAAGCCCCCAGGCUCUUCCCGGUGGCCUUCAACCUGAUGAAGCCGUACAUCACUGAGGAGACACGCAGGAAGGUGGUGAUCCUUGGAGGCAACUGGAAGCAAGAGCUGCUGAAAUUCAUCAGCCCCGACCAGCUGCCUAUGGAGUUCGGGGGGACCAUGACCGACCCCGAUGGCAACCCCAAGUGCCUGACCAAGAUCAACUACGGGGGCGACGUGCCCCAGCAUUACUACCUGCGCAACCACGUGAGGGUGCAGUACGACCACCAGGCGACCGUGGGCCGAGGCUCCUCCCUGCAGGUGGACAACGAGAUCCUGUUCCCGGGCUGCGUGCUCAGGUGGCAGUUCGCGUCGGACGGAGGGGACAUCGGCUUCGGGGUUUUCCUGAAGACCAAGAUGGGGGAGCGGCAGCGGGCCGGGGAGAUGACGGAGGUGCUGGCCAGCCAGCGCUACAACGCCCACAUGGUGCCCGAGGACGGGAGCCUCACCUGCACGGAAGCCGGCGUCUACGUCCUGAGGUUUGACAACACCUACAGCCUGAUCUACCCCAAGCACGUCAGCUACACCGUGGAGGUGCUGCUCCCGGACCAAACCUCCCUGGAGAAGAUAGAGAGAUUCUAGACAAGCCUCGCGGUUCCCAUAC